AUGGGUAAAAAAAAUCUUAAAGAGAACCCUCCUAGCCCCACUUCCCCUUUUGUUAAAAGAAAAACUCUUGGUGGACCUUCGAAGAACACUCGAGAAAAAAGACCUCGAACUGUUGUUGAAAACUCAGACUCAGAUUUUGAGUUGGAAUCUGAAUUUCUUAAGUCGCCUGUAUCUGUUAAGGGCAAGGGUAAAUCCCCUGUAAAGGUGUUGCCAUCAUCAGGUGUGGCUGAGGAAAUUCCUGUUAAUAGGAUUGUUGAGGAUUGGGAAUGCAAGUACACCCGAUCUCAAUUCUAUCAUUCUAGAGUAGUAACAUCUGGGUAUUACUCUGUACUUGGAGACAUUAAGAGAAUUCUAACUGAAAGCCAAUUGGAAAUUUUUUCAAAAUCUGUCUUUGGUUAUUUUCUUCGGAUUCCGGAGUACAUAAUUCAUUACCAAUUGCUUCAUUGUUUGCUGUUGAGGGAGGUUCAGCAGCCUAAUGGGUUGGAGUUUUGGGUUUGUGUCCAAGGGAAAUAUCUUAGGUUUAGUAUCGAAGAGUUUGCGUUGGUCACGGGGUUAGAUUGUCAUGUUGAUUCUGAUUUUUAUCAGUUUAAGCAAGAUGAUAAUGAAUUGGUCAAACAUUGUUUUAAGGGGUACAAAAAAAUUACCAAGGGUGCUAUUCAGACUGCUUUUAUUGCUGACAAUCUUAAGGAUAACGACGAUCUUGCAGUCAAGUUGGCUGUCUUGUAUUUUGUGCAGUGUUAUUUGUUGGGUGGUCCUCCGGCAUUGUUUUGA